GAAGAUGUAUGUCAUUGUGUCUGUGGGGGGCCUGCCUCUGAGGCACCCCCAGCCCUACCUCCUCUCCCGGUUCUGUGGCUUCCUCCCAGGCGGUGGCCCUGCCCCUCAUCUCUCUUUUCCCUCCCCGCCUGGUCUAUGCGGGGGGAGCUGGUGCUGCGGCCCCCCCACCCCUCCCCAUCCAGGCCCCAUAAAUAGCAGCAGAGCCGGAGCCGGAGCCGGCGCCAGCGGCUGGAGCAGCAAGGGAUUCGGGCCAGGGCCAGAGAGCCAGAGAGAGGAGCCCCCGACAGAGCGUGCAGUGGCAUGUCAGACCCUGAUAUGGAAUGGGUACCUGAGCCCCAGGCCAUGACCCUGGGGGCCUCCAGGGUGGAGCUGAGAGUGUCCUGUCAUGGCCUCUUGGACAGAGACACACUCGCCAAGCCCCACCCCUGCGUGCUGCUCAAACUCUACUCUGAUGAGCAGUGGCUGGAGGUGGAGCGCACAGAGGUGCUGCGUUCCUGUUCCAGCCCUGUGUUCUCCCGAGUGCUGGCCCUUGAGUAUUUUUUUGAGGAGAAGCAGCCCCUGCAGUUCCAUGUGUUUGAUGCUGAGGAUGGAGCCACGAGCCCCCGAAAUGACACCUUCCUUGGCUCUACAGAAUGUACCUUGGGCCAGAUCGUGUCACAAACCAAGGUCACUAAGCCAUUACUGCUAAAGAACGGAAAGACAGCGGGCAAGUCCACCAUCACGAUUGUAGCUGAGGAAGUAUCUGGUACCAAUGAUUAUGUUCAACUCACCUUCAGAGCCCAUAAGCUGGACAACAAGGAUCUGUUCAGCAAGUCUGACCCUUUCAUGGAGAUCUAUAAGACCAAUGGAGAUCAGAAUGACCAGCUGGUCUGGAGGACUGAGGUGGUGAAGAACAACUUGAACCCCAGCUGGGAGCCAUUCCGCCUGUCCCUGCACUCCUUAUGCAGCUGUGAUGUCCACCGGCCUCUCAAGUUCCUGGUAUAUGACUAUGACUCCAGUGGGAAGCAUGACUUCAUCGGCGAGUUCACCAGCAGCUUCCAGGAGAUGCAGGAAGGGACAGCGAACCCUGGGCAGGAGAUGCAGUGGGACUGUAUCAACCCCAAAUACCGGGACAAGAAGAAGAAUUACAAGAGCUCAGGAACUGUAGUGCUGGCCCAGUGCACGGUGGAGAAGGUGCACACCUUCCUGGACUACAUCAUGGGUGGCUGCCAGAUCAGCUUCACGGUGGCCAUUGACUUCACUGCCUCCAACGGGGACCCGAGAAGCAGCCAGUCCCUACACUGCCUCAGCCCCCGCCAGCCCAACCACUACCUGCAGGCCUUGCGUGCAGUUGGAGGGAUCUGCCAGGACUAUGACAGUGAUAAACGAUUCCCAGCAUUUGGCUUUGGGGCUCGAAUUCCCCCCAACUUCGAGGUGUCCCAUGACUUUGCUAUCAACUUUGACCCAGAAAAUCCUGAAUGUGACGAGAUCUCCGGAGUCAUUACUUCCUACCGUCGUUGCUUGCCCCAGAUCCAGCUCUAUGGACCCACCAAUGUGGCCCCCAUCAUCAACCGUGUGGCCGAGCCCGCCCAGCGGGAGCAGAGCACCGGCCAAGCCACGAAGUACUCAGUGCUGCUGGUGCUCACGGAUGGUGUGGUAAGCGACAUGGCUGAGACCCGGGCUGCCAUCGUCCGUGCCUCCCACCUGCCCAUGUCCAUCAUCAUCGUGGGCGUGGGCAAUGCCGACUUCUCAGACAUGCGGCUGCUGGAUGGCGAUGAUGGCCCCUUGCGAUGCCCUCGAGGUGUGCCCGCAGCCCGCGACAUUGUCCAGUUUGUGCCCUUCCGGGACUUCAAGGAUACGCCACCCUCAGCGCUAGCUAAGUGUGUCCUGGCAGAGGUGCCUCGGCAGGUGGUGGAGUACUAUGCCAGCCAGGGCAUCAGUCCUGGGGCUCCCAGGUCUUGCACUCCGGCCACAACACCCAGUCCUAGUCCGUGAUUCCAUCCACCGGACCAACACCCCCCUUCAGCCUCUCAGUGCCUGUCCUCACCCUUGUGACUCAAGUGACCAGUGCCUCACCUCUUGGACAAGAUGUGCUCCUCUAGGUCCUAGAAGUAAGUGGUGGGCCCUGCCCCCACUUUUCCAGGCUCCACACCCCAGCCUUGUGGUCCCUUGGUGACUUCCUUCAGUAAUCCUUACUUUCUGACCUUUAAUAAAGGAAAUCAUUCUAAGCACCUCAGCAUCU